UUAUUCUGGGCGGUUUGUUUGGAAUUGGCUGCAAUGUGUGUUGUAAUGCAAGCUAGGCGGAUUAAGUAGUUUAAUCAAACUCAGACCAUCUUUUCAUUUCGUUUACUAUUAUAGGAAGCAUGGAUAACAUUGCUAAACGCUUACUACAGCGACUCGUAAGACGGAUACCGAGUCAAAUGCUAAAAACAACGCUGGAUAAGUGGAGCCGUUUGUCGGCGGCGCAGCGGCAGUCUGUGGAUUAUACCGAAUCAAAAGGGGCGUUAACAGAAAAACUGCUUGCCAUUUGCGAGGAAAAUGAAUUGACGGUUAAACACAUAGCAGAACUGGAGAUGAUACAUGUCAUUGAGAAUCCCACCCUGGGCAUGUGGUAUACCUUCCAACUCAUGGACCCUGAAGAUGAUGCUCACUCUGUAGAGCUGACGCAGUUCAAGGAACAAUUUAAAUCCCACCUCAGUGAGCUAAUAAAAACGUAAGCCGUGUCAGUCAAAAUCAAGAAGCACACAGAUGAGGCUGUGUGGAUUCGAAUUGCAUGGGGAGACGCCUUUUCUCGGCCCAACCACCUGAAACCCACAUAUGUCGUUCACUAUCUUCAAACCCCGUAUGUCUUUGUGACCAGCCUAACUUCAAAACAAAAGCCUCUGUUAUCCCAAGCUUUGAUUCUUUCCACCAGAUACCAGGAUAUUAAGGAUGCUGAGCUCCAUGGAAGGAAGCUCACUGCCAUCAGAGACUUGCUGAUGAAGCAAUAUCUACAAGUGUUUCCCACCAGGUUUCCCAGCCCUCUCGCAGAAAGAAAUCAAGCUGUCUCAAACCUUCAUGUAGAAAAAGAACAAGCUGAGUCUGUAGCAAACAGACAGCAGAUGGCCUGUGAGGCCUUUGGUGAUGGGGUGUUACCUCAGCUACAGUCCGCAGUUUACAAGCUGGAAACAAAAUUCAGAGAUCACACCAAUAAGACCAUGACCGAGCGGGGUGAGCCAUUCAGAUGUGUUGUGAAAUUUGCAAGCACCAACCUCCUGGAGUCACUCAGACACUCUGCAUCCUCAGGAGUUACUUCCACCCCUGUUACGCCCCUGCUCUCAUCUGUUCCCUUAAAAGGAAAAAAUUAUUUCGUUAUCAGAGACAAUGGCCCUGGACCCUUGUCACAAGUGCAGCAAGCACAGAAAUGACUGACAGACCCUUGAUUGAAAGGAUUCCCAGUGUGGCCUGUUUUAACUUGUAGCAUGCUCAGUCCAUUCAGUUUGCUUUUGCUAUUCUAUAACUGAUGUUAUUGUUAAUACAACUCUCAAAGAGUCAUUGCUACUUUGAAUUAAGAAUCUAUUCUUCUUUUUUUCUGUAUUGAUAUAUCUAAAGCUGGUAGUUGGCAAUUAGUAAUUGUCACUGUACUAUGUCAACAUUGCAUAUAAAAACU